UCUUCUUCAUCCCGUAGGCUAUCUGUCAUUCUGAGCACUGCUGAGACGACGGCUCAAUCCCUUAAACGCCCGGAUGAGAGCAGCAGGCGACAUUCAGGGCAACUUGGUCGCAUGAAUCGGCGGAGACGAGGGCAACCAACCAUUCCGGUGUUGGGGGGGGACGACGGCCACUGCUGGAAUCUGUGACAUUCUCGGCAGCAGCCCACGGAGAGCGGUUCUGGGAAAAUACAGGGCAGGGGAUAGAGGCGAGGAGGCGGAGAGGAACACGGCACAUUUCCCCCCUUGUGGUGUCCGAUUUCGUUGGUGAAGGAUCGUGCAGACCGGCUGUCUCACACUAAACUAUGGAAUGCUCCCUGCACCCACCAUCAUUAGUCUCCAAUCUUUGGACUGAACUCCAAACGCUUAGUUAGCGGCUGUGCUUCUCCCCUCGAACUCUUUAAAACCAGGGGAAGAAGAAAAGGAGCAGACUUGACAAGUCCUCGCUUUAAACGCACAGAGCACUUCUUUUAUUUUUAGAUUAUUUAAACUAGAUUGUUUUUUUUCCCUGCUUGGAUUUUUGUCUUGUGAAAUCACAUCAAGAUGGAUCUGGAACCGUAUCUGUGGAUGGUGAUUCUUGGCUUCGUCAUUGCCUUCAUUCUGGCCUUCUCAGUGGGAGCCAACGAUGUGGCCAACUCUUUUGGCACAGCAGUGGGGUCCGGAGUGGUCACGCUGAAGCAGGCCUGCAUCCUGGCAUCCAUCUUUGAGACACUGGGCUCCAUGCUGCUCGGGGCCAAAGUGGGAGAGACCAUUCGAAAGGGCAUCAUAGAUGUCAGCCUGUACAACGAAACGGUGCCUGUCCUCAUGGCGGGAGAGGUCAGCGCCAUGGUCGGAUCAGCAGUCUGGCAGCUAAUCGCCUCCUUCCUCAAACUGCCGGUCUCCGGGACUCACUGCAUUGUUGGCGCCACCAUCGGCUUCUCCAUGGUGGCCAUCGGCACGAAGGGCGUCCAGUGGAUGCAGCUUGUCAAGAUUGUGGCAUCGUGGUUCAUCUCCCCCUUGCUCUCUGGAAUUAUGUCUGGACUCCUUUUCAUGCUCAUCAGACACUUCAUCCUCAAGAAGGACGACUCUGUCCCCAACGGCCUGCGAGCGCUGCCCGUCUUCUACGCCUCCACCAUUGGGAUCAACACUUUCUCCAUCUUGUACACUGGAGCCCCAUUGCUCGGGUUAGAGAUGCUGCCGGUGUGGGCCAUCUUUCUCAUCACUUUAGCGGAGUCGCUGGUGUGUGCUGCUCUGGUUUGGAUGCUCGUCUGUCCCUGGAUGAGGAGGAAAAUAGCAAGUCGUCUAAAGAAGGAGCAGGCUCUGUCUAGGAUCUCUGAUGAGAGCCUCGAUAAGAUACCUGAAGAGGAGGAGGAGAGCCCCGUCUUCAAGGAGCUACCAGGGGCCAAGGGCACAGAUGAGGCUGUGUUACCGCUCACCGGGAGCAGUGAACGCAGCACCCGAGAGUCAAGUGGAGAACUCGCCAACCUAGCUAAUGGAGGCAGCGUCCUUCCAAACGGCAGGGCUUAUGGCCGGACACACUCGAUGACAAAUGGCUGCCUCAAGUCCCCGGUCUCCAAUGGCAGCUUCAGCUUUGAUGGCCACAUGCGCAGCGAUGGCCAAGUGUACCACACAGUGCACAAGGACUCUGGUCUUUACAAAGACCUACUGCACAAGAUCCACCUGGGACGCAUGGAUGACAACGAUCGUUCAGGGGCCGGCCAGGCAGACAACAAUUACCGCCUGCUUCGCCGCAACAACAGCUACACCUGCUACACGGCAGCUAUUUGCGGCAUGCCCGUCCAGCCGCUCAUCCGCACAGAGUCACGCGACGACAGUGAAAAGCUGGUAGGAGAGGGAGGCGGCAGGAGCAACAGCGUGUCCUACACCAAGAAGAGGAUACGCUACGAUAGCUACUCGUCGUACUGUAACGCCGUGGCAGAGGCAGAGAUCGAGGCAGAGGAGGGUGGGGUGGAGAUGAAGCUGGCCACAGAGCUGGAGGGAGUGGAGGAAGAAGGAGCUCCAGCCCCGGGGCCUCUGGACGAACUGGUCGAGGAGGAUAGUGAGGAUAAGGAUAAGUCUGAGGUGUUCCUGCUUUUCCACUUCCUGCAGAUCCUCACCGCAUGCUUUGGCUCCUUCGCCCAUGGAGGAAACGAUGUCAGUAAUGCCAUCGGGCCCCUGGUGGCGCUGUGGAUGAUCUACGAUCAGGGCGGAGUGAUGCAGGAUGCUGCCACUCCUGUCUGGCUGCUGUUCUACGGUGGUAUAGGCAUCUGUGCCGGUCUGUGGGUAUGGGGCCGUCGUGUCAUUCAGACCAUGGGGAAAGACCUAACUCCUAUCACCCCUUCAAGUGGAUUCACUAUUGAACUGGCUUCUGCACUCACUGUCGUGUUGGCUUCCAAUAUCGGAAUCCCUGUCAGUACUACACACUGCAAGGUGGGCUCGGUCGUCGCCGUGGGUUGGAUCCGUUCCCAGAAAGGGGUGGACUGGCGCCUCUUCAGGAACAUCUUCCUGGCGUGGUUCGUCACGGUGCCAGUGGCCGGCCUGUUCAGUGCCGCCGUCAUGGCCCUGUUCGUCUACGGCAUCCUGCCCUAUGUCUGAGGGCGCACGGCCAGGAGGGAGCACAGAGGAGGAAGAGAGAGUCAGAGAGGGAAACUUGGGUAAAAAUCAUAGCUCGAGUGUCGUGGGUGCAGAUAAAGGAAAAGAGGAGAGGGAAAGAGCGAGGGUGAUGCAGAGGAAAGAAGAGGGGAGGGAGGGAGCUGCAGUGGUUUUCAGAGGGACUUGGUUGUACUGAGUAUGUGAGGAGAGUUGGUUCAUAUGCUGCCUGGCUCCGUAGUCCAGAGAUCUUUUUUGACUCAUUCGAGUUUCUGAUCGGUUUUUAUUUAUUCUCGUUUCGGGUGCAUAAGAAAGUGUGUGCAACCAGAGUGUUCACCAUACCAUUCAAUCUGCUGUACAUAUGACAAUAAUAGGGCGAUUCCAGUACCUUUAACAAGAAUUAUGGUUUACUCAAAAGCAGUGGCAGCCACUUUCUGUCUUUUCAUAAAAAAUAAAUCAUGAGUUUAAAAAGAAAAUUCAGAUCAGCACAUGACUUUAAAAAAAACAAAAAAAACCCUGCACAAUAAAACAUGCCUGCAGUUAGAUGACAUCAUCCUGCCUGCUAAUCCAGGUAGCAUCCCUGGUCAAGUGCUCAUUAUUAUUGUUCCGAAAUGCCAGAAAAUAACCCUGUACAUAUUGUUAUAUUGGACUGAGUGUGAUUUGUUGUAUUGCGGCUUGCUUUAAAGUAAAAAAACAAACAAAAAAGAAAGAAGAAAAGAUGUGCGUGUGGUCAACCAGCCCAUCAAUCAUCUCACUUUGAAACAUGCUAGCCAGGAACAACUAGGGCCAAACGAAAGCACACCUCAGAGAGGGGUAGUGGGACUGUCACUCUGCUUUUUUUUAUUCUCCACAUGAUACCAUAGAAACCUGAUUUGCUAAAGAGUUGAUUUUUUGUCAAGAGCUCCUGUAUGUUUUUAGAGAUGGAUCUCAUAUUUUUUAAUGAUGUAUUAUACUGUAAUUUGUACUGUAAAUAAUGUCCUUACAGAGUUUUGUGGGUGGGAGUAGGGGAGGAUUACGGUCGCAUCUUCAUGAUGUCAUAGAGUAUUUUUUUCAUCCCAGAGUACACGUACACACACUAAAUAAACACACACACACUUGGCAAGCUGCUAUUUUGCAGAUGUUGCAAACAACUUUAAAAUAAUGAAUCAAUCCUGAUCACAAGAGAGCAAACCGUAGAUACUCCGCCCCUUCUGUUUAAUGGUAUCAGUCCAGUCAAAGGUUUCAGCACAAAGUUAUCUUUUGUUUAAAAUUUCCUCCUGGAGAAAAUUUUAAAGCGAUUUUUGGAUAUGAAUAUGCAAAGGAUGCGACUCUUCAAAGUAGAAUUAGGUGCAGCAGAAGCCAAAAAAAAAAGGACAAAAACACAGUUAAGGUCCCAGAAAAUGUUCACAUAUCUUCAUCCGUAUGCCUUUGUUUUCAUACAUUAAGCUCAGCUACCGGAGUCAUUUCCUCAUAUCAAAGCCUCCCUGCCAAUGAUUGACCUCUACACUGUCCAUGCUCGGGUCGUUACAGAUCCCCCACCCAUGUUGCAGUCCAGAGUUGAUCUAUUUCUUCACCUUUGUCAUGUAACCCCCUCAUUUUGACAAAUCUGAGGUAUGAAAGUUGAAGCCUUGUCCUGUCAGACAGCGCUCAUUUGUCAUAUCAAACACGAACCACUGUAUUAAAACUCAGCCAGAUAUGCAGGGGUGUGAACAGAGGAGAUUCAACCCCAGCCACGUGUGUAGCUCCUCACAAAUGGGCAGGCGUUGUUUGAAGCGUAGAAGCAUUUAGUCUGUUGAUCACCUGUGUUUCAAUCUAAGUGCUAAAGGUUAGGUCUAAGGGUCGAGUUGAGGGCUGAAUCGAAGCCGCUCGUGUCACAAAAUGAAGACGGUAUCUUGGGAAAGAAUAGUACUGAUCAUCACCAGCUUUUUAACAGGGUCACACGUGACCUGUAGAUGAACAAAGUCUAAAGCUAUUUUUAUUUGAACAAACUCGAUGUCAGGUGUUUCAAGGUUGUUGUUUUUUUUGUUCUUGUGGUGUGUUUCCUUUUUUUUUUUUCUGUCUCAUGAACAAAUCUAUGCUUAAGUAGCCACUUGCCUUGUAACAUUGUGUUUUACUUUGUGCAGAUACAGUAAAUGUACUAAGUACUGUGGUGUUUACAACGUAACCAUAUUGUAGAGUAUCAGAAAAAAAACUGUUGCCUAAUGAUGCCAAUGAAAGACAAACUAUUAACCAUGAAUUUUUAAGUGCAAGUAAAAAAAAAAAAUAACCUGAAGUGUCUAGAGGCCGAGAGAGAGAGAGAGAGAGAGAGAAAGUGUGCGCGCAAUGAGUCGUUUUUGUUUUAGUAGUGUUGAUCAUGACCCUGUCACUUUACACUACUACAGUACAAUGUGUUAACUCUACCUAUAUGGGUGCAAUUCAGUAGUGAAGAGAAUGAGUAGAGAAAUCUCAUCAAGACUAUAUAUAUAUUUUUCUACCAUAUCUGAGUUUUAACCUGGGCGAGCUUCCAGACACUUUGGAGGACACACUGUGGGAACAGUAACAGGGAUGUUAGCUGUUUUCAGAUCGCAGUGAUGCUGAGAUAAAGGUCUUAUCACGGGGUGUCUCGCCUCGCUGGUGCCAUGUGCCACACCUCCCCUGUCAGCCCAGUGUGUUCUUCUAACAUGUAGAUUUGACGUGUCGGUUGCCAAUAGAUCAGAUUUCUAAAUUUACCAUUUUUAUUUUUGAAUUUUAGAUGAAAACACUUUGUAAUUUUGUUUCCCUACUGCUUCGAUCAUGAGCUGUUAUAGGAGCAGGACAGGCUUCUUGCUAAAACCAGGACAAUUGCUCACUGAAUGCAAAAUCAAGAAGCCAAAUCUUUGUAGCUGAAAAAAUUGAAACAUUAAACUUGAUAACUGGACGUUGAGGACAUUUGUUUCCUUGUUUUGGCAGGUAACCCCUCUUGAUGCUCAUACCCUUUCACUCUUUCUACCGCUGUGUGUUACAGGGGGGCGUGCAGAGCUGGUGUACUCAAACUCUCUUUGUACAUUUAAUUUGCCAGAAAGGAGUUAACUGAGAUAUAAAUCUCAGAAUACACUAAAGGUCUGGCCUUGAUUCCCAAAACAUUGAAAAACAACAUUUUGUAAAUCAGUCUUAAUAUGUCAGCUGAUGCGAACUUCUAAUUUCUGAACAAAAACUGUUGUGACCUGAAGUUACAAAGACAAUAAAACAAUGUGCUCAAGACUAUUUGAUAACAGGAACUCUAAGAGAAACAACAUUGUUUGAUGGCAGUUACACAGAAAUAUAUAAGCCAGCCCUUUUUGUCUUCCUACAGCGAGUAACUAGCUGCUUAGCUUCAGUUCAAGAAACUUUGAAUUCUGAAGAAUAUUUUUACCAACCCAAAAUAAAAGAAGACACUGUUGGUCAUAUUGUAAAAUAAAGAGGCCUAAACUACUGUAAAGAAGGUAACAUCCUUGCACUCUGUCAUUUAUCCCAAAAAAUAAUAAUUAUGUGUAAUUAGUGUGAAACAACUACAAUGAGUCUUAGCAAAGAGUGCACAUACAGCUCAUUGUUGAUGCUGUAAGUGAAUGCUAACAAAAGCAUUUAUUCAUAACUUAUGAAUGAUUAAGGAAAUAAUUGGUUACCAUCGAGAGCAAUAGUAAAAAACAAACAAACAUUAAACUACAACAGAAACCUCUGUCAUCUCAUGUUAGUUUUUCAGAGGAAACAUUACAGACAUUUAGGCCUCCGCUGGUGGAUGAGUUUUUCUCUUAAAUAAACUGUUUAAAACAAACAUUAAAUGAGUCUGAAGUCACUCCCCUCAGAUGGAUCUGGUGUGUGCUGUAACAGCACUGCUCUGCAGGCGCCCCUUUGUAACUCACACUUUCAUUUUUUAAAUUGUUUUUUCAUUCAUUCUCAGUCCUGAUAGGCCAAAAGGGAUGCACUGCUCAAGAUAGGCAGGGAAAGUUAAAAUCACCCUCAAGUGGCAGCAAUAAUAACUGCUAAAUAUGGCUCACACUAUCCUGUCUCAACUUUUGUGAAAGGACUAAUGCUACAUUUCAUAAUAUUGAAGAAGCAUUCCUUCAUAUAAAGCUCGUCAAAACAUUGAAAUCAAAUAAUUCUGUUUAGAUAUCAAUUACUUAAGAGCAACUAUAACAAAUAAUAAAUAUAUUUUUUAAUAAAAACGUAACACUCAAUUACUCGGCUAAUGUGCUUCAUCCUAAUUGUGUUGAAGAAUUUUGAGCAGACAUAAGGACACAAUGCUGUGACUCCAAUUAGCCCUGAUGGAAAACUCUGAUUGGUGCACAAAAAAAAGUGAUGUCACAUUUUAUCAUUCAUGCCCCACCCCUUUAAAAUCAGUACAGGGAGAAUAAAGGAAAUAAACACAUACAGAAAUGUUCCUUUUUAAACUUAAGGAGAAAAGAAUGUGUUCAUGUCAGACACAUAUUAAUAGUAAGAAGUUAAAUGAUUUUUUAAAAAAAAAGGGAUUUUAAUGUCCUUUUAAUGAUCACAUUGAACAUAUGAAUCUUACCAUGUUUUACCCGGAAGUGUACAACAAUGUUAUUGAAAGUUCAUUGUUCAUUAUCCUGAGAGCCAAUUAUAAAAAUGAUUCGACAGAUAAAAUUUGCGAUUAUAAAUUGUGAGAUUUGAAGGCCGCCACUAGAGGGCGUAGUUUGACACUUUCCCUCCCCGUAGAGAGGGACAGCAUUUUAGACCAGUCCGUUUCAACUGAUCACUACAAAUCAAUGAAAUGUGUGAUUGCCAUUGAGGGAGUAACUGUUGCUUCUCUUGCAUUAUAACUGUUUUGUAACCCUUGUAGAGAGAAACUAGAGAAACAGAAUGUGCCAUUUCUUUCUCCCUGGAUGUGCAAUACAAGCUGUUUCUUGUCGAGGUGAAACUACAUCGCUGUCACUCUGUGGUGUGUAGCUCCACCUGCGCUGGUGUAAUAGCGCCCCCUCCUGCUUGUAAUGAGGUGGAGGGGCAUCAGUUCAGACCUUCAUCUGGAUGUGGCGUGCUGUCUCUAGUUCUCUGGUCUGUUUUGUAAUAGAAUGUGCUCCUUGGCUGGCCUGCAGGCUUUACAGCUCUGUGUUGUCUUUUUACUGUUUACUGCUAUUUAACUGUCCGGUCCUGCAAAGUAAAUACAAAGUAAAUAUAAUAAAAAAAAAAAUAAUCAAAAGAACUGUAGCCUGCUUCUACAAAAUCUUAAAACUCUUCUGAUUUGCAUAUAUCGUACUGUAAUGUUUUAUUUAAGAUUUCAGUGAAAAAAUGUCUGCAUUUAAACUAAAUUAUGGGAAUUAAAAUUACAAAGACUACCUUAA